UUGGAAUUGCAUUCACUGUGCAUUAAACCUUCUCAUAUUGGGCUGUUUUGUGUGUCUAAUGAACAUGCCAAGGGGUUCUGUUAAUCUCACGUAGGAUUGAUUUGGUACACAUUGAGCUCUUGUGGGGAGAAAAUCUGCUUUCUUUUUUUUUUUUUUUUGGACUGAGAGCAAAGUUCCUUUUGUUGAUCCCCACUAUAUAAAGCCGGAUCUUAUCUCGAGCAGCAGCAGCAGCAGCAGCAGCAGCAGCCUCCUACAGAAAGAUGCUGAACAUCAGCUCUCUCUCCCUGACGCCCCCUCACUUCAGACCGUCGGACCGUCUCCUGCAGCCCCUCUGGGACCAUUUGCUUUUUCACCAUCUGUCUCUCGUCUCGUCUCCCUUUUUCCCCGUCAUCCUCGCCUUCUCCAGCUACUUUCUCUGCAGUUUGCCUUUUGCUGUGCUGGACCUCUUGGGGGAAAGGGUCCCUUUCUUUCACAAGUACAAGAUCCAACCUGACAGCAGGCCAACGCUGGACAUGAUGGCCAAGAGCUUGACGACGUCCCUGUAUAACCACAUUUUCUUCGUUUUACCGGCUGUCAUAAUCGGCAUGUUCAUACUGCCGACACCGAGCCUGCCGCGGGAAGCUCCCACGUUAUACCAGGUGUUCACCGAAGGUCUGGCCGUGCUGCUGCUCUUCGACACCCAGUACUUCAUCUGGCACUUUGUGCACCACAAGAACCUGCAGCUUUACCGCUGGGUGCAUGCGGUCCACCACGAAUACAUGGCACCGUUCUCGUGGUCCACGGAGCAGCUCAGCAUCCCAGAACUGAUGACCGUGGGCUUCUGGAGCAACCUGGAUCCAAUUCUUUUAAAGUGUCACCCGCUGAGCACGUGGUGCAUUACAGUUCUCAGCAUCUGGAUGUCUGUGGAGGACCACAUAGGCUACGACCUGCCCUGGACCCUCAACCACCUGGUGCCUUUCGGUCUUCUGGGGGGCGCCCCGGCCCACGACAUGCACCACCAGAAGCCAAGCAGCAACUACGCUCCCUUCUUCAGCCACUGGGAUCGGAUCUUCGGCACUGCCGUCCCUCUGAAAAGGAAAAAAGAUGAUUAAUCCAAAGCAAUAAGCGGCACAAUUCUGUAAAUACUGCCUGUUUUUAUAAAUACCCGUUUGUCGUAUUAAAUCCGUUUAUUUUGCUGCUGUAUUUCUUGUGUUUUUUGGGGGGUCGUUCUUUUCAAGGCAUUAAACUUGUGAAAAUAUUUAAAAGCGCUUUACCUUUUUGUUUAAUAAAAACAUACAUAAAAAGUAGAGUGUUGAUUAUAAUUACUUGAAACCUGAUAUAGUGUUGGUAAAUUACAGAAUUUGUUUGAUAUCCAGAGAAGAAACGGUUACAUUUGUCCCGUUUUCUUUGCUUUGCUCGUGAAUCCUAUUGAUGAACCAGAGGUUUCUGGUACACACUGCAAAAAGAGAACUAAAUAUAAGUAAC